AUGGAUAAAGCUGUUCAGCAGCCCAGCGAGAUCCUGAAUCAAACCAUCUCUAACAUUAGCCUCUCUCAGUUCUUGAACUUUGACACAUGCCACCUUUCCUCCCUUGCAGAAUUCUUGCUGAUUACAGCUUACACAGUGGUUACACUAGUGGGGCUCGUUGGAAAUCUUUGCUUAAUUAUUAUAAUAAAGAGACGGAAAGAAGCUCAAAAUGUCACCAACAUUUUGAUUGCCAACCUCUCUUUAUCUGAUGUCUUGAUCUGUAUCAUGUGCAUUCCUGUCACAGUGGCAUAUACCUUAAUGGACCACUGGAUUUUUGGGGAAGCAAUGUGUAAAAUAGGCUCCUUCAUACAAAGCCUGUCUGUCUCAGUCUCCAUUUUCUCCCUUGUGCUCAUUGCUGUUGAGAGAUACCAGUUAAUUGUGAACCCACGUGGCUGGAAGCCCAACAUUUCCCAUGCUUAUUGGGGAAUUCUUUUCAUCUGGGGGCUUUCCCUCAUCAUAUCCUCUCCUUUUUUGGUAUUCCACCAAAUAACAGAUGAACCCUUCAAGCAUUUGUCUUUCCACAGUGAUUUCUACAAGAACAAGGUGGCUUGCAUCGAGGCGUGGCCGUCUCUCACAGAGAGGCUGAUUUUCACCACUAGCCUGCUGGUUUUCCAGUACUGCUUCCCACUGGGCUUUAUUUUUAUCUGCUAUCUCAGAAUAUUCGUGUGUCUUCGAAGGAGACGAGGCAAAAUAGACAGGAUGAGAGAGAAUGAGAACAGGCUGAGUGAAAACAAAAGGAUCAAUAUGAUGCUGGUGUCCAUCGUGGUGACCUUUGCAGCUUGCUGGCUGCCUCUCAAUAUAUUCAAUGUGGUUUUUGACUGGAACUACGAGGCACUAAUGAGCUGUAAUCACAACCUGGCAUUUACAAUCUGCCACCUUGUGGCCAUGAUCUCAACAUGUAUCAAUCCCAUCUUUUAUGGAUUUCUGAACAGGAACUUUCAGAAGGAUUUGGUAGUGUUAGCUCGCCACUGCAGGUGCUCAGCAUCACAAGAGGAAUAUGAAAAUAUUGCCCUUUCAAACCUGCAAACAGAUGCAUCUAAGGGGUCUCUGAAGUUAAAUAAUCCCCAUGUGGAUAUAUAA